GCUCCCUUCUCAGUCUAACCAGUAAAAUUCCACCCCACCCCCACAAGUCCACAUUUUAACAUGCUCCAUCUCCUCAUCAUGCCCCCUUCUUCAAAACCCACUUCAACCACCUCCUCCACCGCCGCUGCCGCAGCCGCCGCCGCCAAAAUUUCCGGCCAUCACCACCACCACAACUCCCACUCCCCUCUCCUCCUUUGCAAACACUCUCCAUCAGCCACCCUAGACCUCCUGAUCCUAAUUUUAGUCCUUUUCUCAGGAGCUUUCCUUCUCUCAUCUUACUUCUCCUACCUCUUCCAUUCCCUUUCUCUUCUCCUUUCCCCUCUCCUCUCCACUCACAGCCAUUCCCUUUCCCUACCUUUUCUUUCCUACCUCUUGGGUUGCACUCUUUUCUUUGCCACGACUCUUAUUUCCAUCGAGUUCUGCUGCGGUUCGCGGUCCCGUAAAUGCGAGAAACCUGGCUGUAAAGGGCUGAAAAAGGCAUUGGAGUUUGAUUUGCAGUUACAAACGGAGGAUUGUGUGAAAAAUGGAUCAAAGGAGAUUGAUUGUUUGCCUUGGAAGGGUGGGAGUGAAGGGAACCCUGAUUAUGAGUGUUUAAGGGCUGAGUUAAGGAAGAUGGCGCCGCCUAAUGGACGAGCUGUUUUACUCUUUCGGGCUCGCUGUGGUUGCCCUAUUGCUAGGCUUGAAGGUUGGGGUCCUAAGAGGGGGAGACGCCAUAAAAAGGCUUUAGCCAGUGUGGCACAAAAUGGAGAUCAUCGCUAAUUAUUGAUGAUGGUUUGUUCACUGGAUCCUCUUUAUAUAUUCCCAACCUUUUACUACUUUGAUCUUCCACGCCUUCUCCUCUUUCUGGAGGACUUUACUUUGAGCAGAAGAAAUUCUUUUAUGCUAUAUUCCCAGUGGCAUUUCUUGAACCUUCUUGUCUCAUUUCUGGAAGGAUAUACAAAAUUUAAUUUGAAUAAAAUAACAUUGGAUGCUAAAUGGAUAUUUUAUCUCAAAUUAAUCGGUAGACUUCAGCUUUGGUAGUUAGCCAUUUCAAUAAACAAUUAAUAAAUGUUUAUCAAUGUUGGCCUUUCGAUGUGUUACCAAUAAAAUUGUAGAGAUUUGGCAGCCUCA